AUGGCAACGGACGCGAUGAUGUGCAGGGGAUUCUCGAUCACCCUCAUAGGAUUCGCUCGGAGUUGGUACCGCCAGCUCAAACCCAAUUUCAUCAGUUCCUUCACAGAGUUGAGUCGACUAUUCCUUACCCAAUUCAUAAGCGGUAAGAAGAGUCGGAAACCUAAUACUCACUUGUUCACCAUCAAACAAGAGCUUAAGGAGUCAUUGAAGGACUAUAUUGCUCGCUUCAAUGAGGAAGCAUUGCAGGUAAAAUAUUACGACGACAAGAUGGCACUUGUUGCAGUUUUUAGCGGCCUAAAAGAAGGAAAGUUCACUUUCUCCAUUAGAAAGAACCCACCGAAGACGUUAGCUGACCUCGUCGCCAAAGCUCAGAAGUACACUAACGUUGAGGAAUUCUCCAAUGCCCUUAAAAAUGUUCUAGUGAUAGAGCCGAUUGGUAAACAGAAGAGGCCAAUGAAUGAAAAACCUCAACCAUCUAGUAAAGGACUAGAUGACCGUGCCCCUCACGAUCAUCGUCCAAGCAGGAAACCAAAGGGUAAGUUCCGUUCAUACACCCCUUUCAACACGUCAACUAAACAAACUCUGUUAGAUAUCAAAGGGCAUAAGCUUCUAAAUUGGCUUGUUUGCAUGAGGGCCAAUCCGGAUCAUCGAGACAAACGCAAGUAUUGUCGCUUCCAUCGGGAUCACGGUCACAACACAGCCGAUUACGUGGAUCUUAAGGAUGAAAUUGAGACUCUUAUUCGUAAGGGACACCUGCGUCGAUAUACUAAGGGAGAAAGAACCUCUCGGAAAGAAGAGCGACAGCGAGAGCAGCCAAAUAAUACCAUGGAAGAGCCAGCUGAGAUCCGCACCAUCUUUAGAGGCUCGUCUGGUGGAGGAGAUUCAAACCGGGCUCGAAAAGCCCACUCUCAGAAGUUCGAUCUGGAGCAUUAUGUCCACUUAACCAAGUGGCCCAGUAAGGAACUCCAGGUCAGCCCGUGUAGUCUAACCUUCAUGGAAGAAGAUGCACGCGAAAUCCAACACCCGCACGAUGACGCCCUGGUAGUUAUUAUGACCAUAGUAAACUGCAAGGUGUACCAAAUUUGGGUUGACACCAGAAGCUCGGUCGACGUAAUCUAUUCCGAAUCUUUUGAAAGAAUGGGGAUACCGAGGUCUCAUCUCAGACCUGUAAAGACCCCCCUACAUGACUUUGCCAGAGAAAGAGUAAUCUUCGAAGUAGCCAUCUCCCUCCUUGUGACUGCGGGAGAAGGACAACAUCAAGCCACCCUCAUGGUGGACUUUCUUGUUGUCAAUGUGCCAUCCGUACAUAACGUCAUUUUGGGUAGACCUUCCCUCAAUGCAAUGGGAGCAGUUGUGUCCACCUAUCAUUUGAUGAUAAAGUUCCCUGCCGAGGGCGGAACAAGAUACAUCCGAGGCGAUCAGCGAGAGGCUUGGAAUGCUAUGCUAUUACAGUCAAGAAGGGGUCGGUCAAACAAGCACUCACUGUCAAUAUACUAG